ACGAAACUGGGCUCAAAUGCUCACCCCAGCCCGGAGAGCCCUGUCCCCAUCGGCCACUCUGAGCUCGAGGCCUAAAGGGACAGUGAGAAGGACCCUGCCCAGGCUCUCCCAGGGUUAGGAGGGACAGAGUGUUCCAGGAGGAGGUUUGAGCUGAGCUCAGGACAGGUCUCUCUCUCUCUCUGACACAAGCACACACACACACACACUUGCACCCAUGGGGAGCCACCCCACCCCUGGGCUCCAGAGAACCACAUCAGCUGGGUACCGAUUGCCCCCCACCAGGCCGCCAGCCUCGGUCUCCCCAGCUGCCCGGGGUGGCCCUAUGGCCAGCAGGGGUCUUGCUGGUGGCUGCCAGGCCCCCCAGGCUCUGAAGGCGCAGCGGGUGGCUCAGGGAGCUGCCUGCGAUGGCGUGCAGCAGGACCAGCUGUGGCGGGAGCUCCUGGAGGCCGAGCGGCGGGGCCAGCAGCGCUGGAUUCAGAACUGGAGUUUCCUGAAAGACUAUGACCCAAUGGGCAACAAGAAGGAGCCUGAGAAGUUGCCAGACCAUGUGCCUCUCUUUUCGGACACAGUUCCCAGUUCCACGAACCAGGUUGUGGGCAGCAGGCUGGACACGCCCCUGGGACAGACUCUCAUCCGCAUGGACUUCUUCUUCACAGAAGGGGCCCGGAAGAAGAAGCUGGAGGACGAGAUGCAGCCCAUCUAGGAGCAAGGAGGGCUGGGCUGGCCUUCCCCAGGUGGGUGUGGGUGGGGACAAGAGACCCAGCCCACAACAGCACCGGUCAGCUCCCCACACAAGGCAGCUUGGGUCUGCACUGUCUGUAAGCUGCAGGACACUCUUCCGGGGGGCUCCAUGGGGUCACUCUUACACACUUUUGACACAUGAGAUUCAGAGGACUCAGUAACUGGUCCACGGCCGUACAAUCUCCAGCCCUUCCAGCUUGGGAACUCAUGGGUGCCCCACGAAAGGGACCCUACAUUGUGGUCAGGAGCACUGAAUGCCUGGGUUCAAAUCCAGCUUGUGACCCUGAUGAGCUGUGGGACCUUGAGCUGGCUGCUGCAACACUCUGUGCCUCCGUCUCCCCUCCUGCGAUUCAGUGUGUUCACUCCUUGCAGCUGCUGUGACAAGUGACCACAAAAUGCAUAGCUUAAAACAACACAAAUGUAUCAUCUUACAGCUCUGAAGAUCACAACUCUGACAUGGGUGACAUGUUGCAGAGCUGUGCUCUUUUAGGAGGAUCUGGGGAAGAAUCUAUUUCCACAUUUUUUCCAGUUUCUCAAGGCAGCCUGUAUUCCUUAGCUGGCAGCUCCUUACUCCGUCUUUGAAGCCCGCGUCCUAGCAUCUUCAAAUCAGUCUCUAUCGCUUGCUCUCUCCUGCCUCACUCCUUCAUCUUUUCUUUCUCUCUCUCUCUCUUUUUUUUUUUUUUUUUAGAGACAGUGUCUUACUCUGUCACCCAGGCUAGAGGGCAGUGACGCAAUUAUAACUUAUUGUAGCCUUGAACUCCCGGGCUCAAGCAAUCCUCCCACCUCAGCCUCCCAAGUCGCUAGGGAUACAGACACAUGGCAACAUGCCUGGCUAAUUUUUUUUUUUUUUUAAUUCCAGACAGAGUCUCACACUGUCGCCUAGGCUGGAGUGCAACAGUGUGAUCUUGGCGCACCGCAACCUCCGCCUCCUAGGUCCAGGCAAUUCUCCUGCUUCUGCCUCCUGAGUAGCUGGGAUUACAGGCAUGUGCCGCCAUGCCUGGCUAAUUUUUUGUAUUUUUAGUAGAGACGGGGUUUCUCCAUGUUGGUCAGGCUGGUCUCAAACUCCCAACUUCAGGUGAUCCGCCUGCCUCAGCCUCCCAAAGUGCUGGGAUUACAGGUGUGAGCCACUGCGCCCGGCCAUGCCUGGCUAAUUUUUAAAAUUUUAUGUAGAGAUAGGGUCUCACUAUGUUGACCAGGCUGGUCUUGAACUUUCAGGCUCAAAUGAUCCUCCCAUCUUGGCCUCCCAAAGCACUGGGAUUACAGGCAUCUGGUUUCACUUCCUCCACCUUUUAAGGACCCUUGUGAUUAUAUCACAACCUUUAUAUUUAAGCAAAAAAAUGCAGAAAAGGCUUAGUUCCUCUUUGUUGGUUAAAACACAAAUGGAUUCAUUCUUUCAGACAUCCGCAUUCUCCUCUUCUUCCCAGGUGCUCUGCCAGGCUGUGUUUUCCCUUGGUUUGGGUGGAGCAUGUGACAGAGCCAUGGCCAGUGGAAUGGGAGCAAAAACCCUAGGUCUCCCUUCCAGGCCUGGUCCAUGAGACACUCCAGGUAUUGGCUUGUUCUCCUUUCCCCAUCAGCUGAAGAAGGGAGAGGACUUGGAGGAUGCAGGGAAGAGAGGGGCACAAGAUGGAGGGAGCAUGUCAGGCCCAAGCCUGGAGCCCUGAGUGAGCUCGUGGAGCAGAAUCUCCCUACACCCACACUGACACACAAACAAAAUAAACAAAAACUGGCCAAAACAAAAACAAUAGCCCACACUUCUAGGGUAAAGCAUUUUAAAUUUAUUUUCUCAACAACCCAAGAGAAUCAACAGGCAGGGAUUUCAUAUUCAUUUAAUACAGGCAAAACCUGAGAUUCAGAGAGGUGAAAUAAAAUCCCGAACAUACAUUAAUGCCAGGCGUCAAGCUUGAAGCCCAGUGUUCUCUGCAGGACCCCAGCCGUGGCCUCCUGAAAAGAGAGAAAAAUGGGGCAGGGGCUGAAAUGACUGCUCUGUCUUUGAUGCUUGCUUGGGUCUUAUUCGGCAGUAGCUAAAUGUCACUGUUAUUUGCAUGUAUUAGCUCAUUUAAUCCUCUCAGCAACCCUAUGAGAUAGAUACUCCUAUAAAUGAGGCAACUAAAGCACAGAGAGGUUAAGUCACUUGCCCAAGGUCACACAGCUGGCAAGUGGUGAAGCUGGGGUUCAGACUCAGCAGUUGAGUCUGGCUCCAAGGACUAUAUACUUAAGCAUUAUGCUAUAUGGGUCCCCUUUAAUCCUCAAUGAAUUGAUUCCCCCAAAUUUAGCCAAUUACAGGAUUUUUCUGCUUAAAGAAAGUCUCUUGAUUCUUGAGAAAGGGAAAACUGAUUUUUCCAGUCUCUGGGAUCCCUACUACCAUCAAGAAUAGAUCAUCGGUGUUUCCAGGAGUUACACGGACAGGACACGUUAUUUCCAUGCAACAGUCCCUGCGUUUCAUGCCAUACCCUGGCCCUGAGCGACUGUGUGAUGGAGCAGACCAGGCCCAGUGUGACUUGGCCAGGAAGAGGCCCAACCCUUCCUACUUGGA